AUGACCCGACGAAAUAGAAACCCAUUGCAUAACCCGCUUCAUUACGCGACCCCGCAACUUCGAACGGGCGCGCCAGCGACCUUCUCUACAGCCCAACGUGCCCUCCGUGGAUAUGACUAUGUGAUCGUGGGCGCCGGCGCCGCGGGCUGUGUCCUCGCCAGCAAGCUCUCCGAAGACAAAAAUGUAUCCGUGCUUUUGCUCGAAGCAGGCGGAGACAACACGAAGGUACUAGAAUCCAAGGUGCCAAUUAUGUUCUCAAAGCUCUUCCAUACCGAGCAUGACUGGGAUUACUUUACUGUUGAGCAACCCGGGCUUGCCUCGCGGGCGUUGUAUUGGCCUCGCGGGCGCAUAAUUGGAGGCUCUACUUCUCUAAACGCCAUGAUGUACCACCAUUGCUCUAAGUCCGACUUUGACGAGUGGGAAACUGUGCAUGGGUGCAAGCGGUGGGGUUAUGAUGGCCUGUCACCGUACCUACGAUGCAUGGAGAAGUUUACUCCCAACCCCAAACGCCCUGCCAUAGACACUCAACGGCGCGGAUCCGCAGGGGAGUGGCAUACGGGUUACUCAUGGCUGUCCGAGAUAGUUGACGAGGGAUUUCUGCCUGCCUGUCAAGAAAUUGGCAUUCCCCUUCAGCCCGAUAUUAAUUGUGCGGAUAGCCCCCUCGGUGUUACUCGGUUCCAAACGUUCAUCGAUUCGAAGGGUCAGCGUUCUUCGUUCGCUACGGCGUAUCUGCCACCGAGCGUAAUGCAACGGCCGAAUCUCUAUGUUGCAUGCCAUGCCCAUGUCACGCGUGUGCUAUUUGACCGUCUAUCGUCGCGGACCCCUCAGGCUAUUGGCGUCGAGUUCCAAACCAAACGGGGCGAGGAACUCUUUGAAGUCCAUGCCCGGAAAGAGGUCAUUCUCUCUGGAGGGGCCAUCAACACUCCUCAGACCUUGAAGCUGAGCGGAAUCGGACCGGCCGAUGAGCUCAAUCGACAUGGAAUCCCCGUCCUUGUGGAUAACGCUGCGGUAGGCCAUAACUUGAAAGACCACCUCUGCACGACGCCGGUGAUCUGCAAGGCGAAGCCAGGAAAAACGCUCGACUAUCUUGCAAGCGAUAUCAAGGCCCUACCCGCUCUUCUCCAGUGGUUGCUUCUUGGAACCGGGCCACUCACUAGCAAUGUUGGCGAGGCCGCUGCGUUUAUCCGGUCGACCGACGAGAAGUUCGCCGGGUCUUUACGCAGCGUUCUAAAAGAUAACACCUCUGGUGGGGUGGGACCGGACUUGGAGAUUAUCGGAGCUCCAUUGGCAUUCAUUAAUCACGGCGAAGAACCGCCAAUUGAUGGGAGUAGUGUUUUCAGCAUAGUCCCGAUCAGUCUUCGUCCGCUGAGUAGUGGUACGAUUACGCUGCGUAGCCGGGACGCUUUUGACGCACCACUCAUUGACCCACGAUACCUUUCUGACGAAGGUAACAAUGAUCAAAAUGUGCUUUUAACGGGCGUGCGAGCCUGUCUGAAAAUCGUCCGCAGCCCAGCUUUCCAAAAGUUCCUUGAAGUCGUCCCAACUAAUGACGACGUCUCUUCCUAUUGGUGGCCAUACUCAAGCAGCAAUAUCGACAGCAUUUCAGACGAGGAUCUUAUUCGCUUCAUGAAGGAGAAGGCUUUCACUCUCUAUCAUCCGGUCGGCUCGGCACGUAUGGGCCCUGCGCCCAGUGACAGCGUGGUGGACUUGGAUUGUCGCGUACAUGGUGUCAAGGGUCUACGAGUUAUGGAUGCUAGUGUCUUUCCAGAGCAAAUAAGCGGACACCCGACUGCCACUAUUGGAGCCAUGGCCUACAAGCUGAGCGACAUGAUCAAGCAUGAUCGCGCAGAAGAGUCACCGGCACACGCAAACCUGUGA